UUCGAAAUCGAAGCAAUGAGAGUAGUACAUUCCGCGGCGAUAGUUGUACUUGGGAAUUUAUUUUGAAACGAACGUAAGGCCCCUUCACAUUUCGUGUGUACUGUAUCUUAUGUGGUCCCUACUCCCUCACACCAUCAGCACACCGAACUUUUCCUUUCCCCAUUUUAGAGAGAGAAACAAAACCCCUCAACCAUCUUCUCUCUCUACCCAUAGGGCUUUUUGCAGAUCAAUUCUGCUGGGGUUUCUCGCACUGACUAAUUCUUCAUUUUCUCAAUUCAACUUCGGCUUCUUAAUUUUUGUAGGAUUUUUUUUCUUUCUGAAAUUGGGGGAUGGACUAUGUGGGCAGACGGGUGAAGAAGGAGUUCAAAGGGCACGGGACGUUCUUCGGUUUGGUAAAGGCAUACGACGCGGCGACUGGGUUUUUCAAGAUCGUAUACGACGACGGAGAUUCCGAGGAAUUGGAGUUGACGGAAGUCUCUUUACUCUCGAUGUCCGCCGAGCCUCCGCCGCCGCAGCCGUCGGGAUCGUCUGCUGGGAGGCUGGGGCGCAAGCCGAAGAAGCGACGGCGCAUUGGUGUAACAGGUAAAGAUGAUGAUAAUUCAACAGAUGGGGCAAUUUCUUACAGUUUAGUAGAUAGAGAUGGGGACUCUGGGGCAUUUGACUUGAAUUUGACUGAAAGACUAGAUUUGAAUGAUGAUGCCGUUAAUUGUUUGCGUGAUGAUGGUGAUGGGGGUAAUGUGCAUGGUGAUGGGACUAAACUGCAUGGCUUAGAUUUGAAUGAGGGGGUGAAUUUAGAGCUGGACGAGGGGUUACACCUGAAUAAGGAGAGUAUUAAAGAUGACUCCCUGGAAAGAAAUAAAAUGAUUGAUUUGAAUUUGGAUGUAAAUGAGGGUUUUGAGAAAUUGAGUGAUGAGAGAGAAGGGCGAUGCUUUGACCUGAAUUUACAACUAAUGGAGGAUGAGGUGAGAAUUUUGGAAGGUUGUGAUGCACGACUGGGAGUGGGUGAAAAUGGUUGUUCUAGAGAAAAUAUGCAGAUGAAGGAAGAGUUGGUGGAGGAUGAUGCCGUGGGAGUUUUAGAGAAUGCAGAUGGAGAUAAGGUGGAUCCUGUAGUUCACAUAGACAAGAAAGAAGAUAGCCAAUUGAAGAACUGUGCCGAUGUGGUUGAUAAUGGUGUGGUUAAUAUUGAGAAUGUGGCUCCAUUAGCUGCGCAAGUCAAGAGAAGGGGUAGAAAGAAAAAAAAUGCAUCAGAUAACAGUAUUGAAGUGGCCACACAAUUGGAUAUUGAAACAGGGAAUAUGAACUUAGAGUUGGAAAGAAGAGAUGAAACCCCAUCGAAAAAUGUCAGUGAUUUAGUCGAUUGUGAUAAUGGAGUCUCAGAAACAGUAUUGAGAGGGAGAAGAGGUAGGAAGAAAAGAGAGUUACCGAAUAAUGAAGUUACCUUGACAACUCCUGAGACUGGAUUGAGAAGGAGCAGUCGUAGAGCAAAAAGAGCUGCUUUAUCUGAUGUAGACCAAGUAUUUAACGAAACAGAGUUGGUUGGCAUCAAUCAACAGUUCUCUUCUCCAGCCAUAAGCAAUGUGUCUCAAGAAAGGGUUACGGUGACAGCUCGAGCAAGUUUUUCCGAUCAUGUUGCUCUUCCACCCAAGGUGAAGUUGCCACCACCUUCUUGCGACAUGGACUUAAUUGGAGUUUCGCUGUUUCAUUUGGUUUCUGUUUAUACGUUUCUGAGGUCAUUUAGUACUUUGUUAUUUCUAAGCCCCUUCAAGCUGGAUGAUUUUGUAGCCUCUGUUAAAUCUAGUGAUUCAUCAUUAUUGUUCGACUUCAUUCAUGUUUCUCUUCUAAAAACAUUACGGAAACAUUUGGAGACCCUGGCAGCUGAAGGCGUUGUCUCUGCAUCUGAUUGUUUGAGGUCGCUUAAUUGGGAUUUUCUUGACUUGAUUACAUGGCCAAUGUAUGUUGUUGAGUAUCUGUUGUUGCACAGUCCUGGUUGUAUUCCUGGUUUAGAUCUUUGUCAACUAAAGUUUUUUCAGAAUGACUAUUACAAAAUGCCGAUCUCAGCAAAGGUUGAGAUCCUGCAGCAUCUCUGUGAUGAUGUAAUUGAAACGGAGGCCUUUAAGUUGGAGCUGAACAGAAGGAUUCUUGCAACAGAUAGGCAAACAGAUUUGGACCGAAAUAUGAAACUUGAGAGCAGCAGAAAAAGAAAGAGCAUAGUUGAUGUUGCUAGCACUUCCUGCAUUACAGGAGAUGAUGCUGAGGAACCUGCAGAUUGGAACAGUGAUGAAUGCUGUCUGUGUAAGAUGGAUGGGAACUUGAUAUGCUGUGAUGGUUGCCCUGCAGCAUUCCAUUCAAGGUGUGUAGGGGUUGUCAGCAGCAUGUUGCCUGAGGGUGAUUGGUAUUGCCCUGAAUGUGUGAUUGAAAGGGAUAAGCCUUGGAUGAAAGUGAGUAAGUCAACUCGAGGGGCAGAACUGUUGGGGAUUGAUCCCUAUGGACGACUGUACUAUAGCAGCUGUGGUUACCUAUUGGUGUUAGAGUCAUGCAAUGAUGAAUACAUGUUUGGUGCCUACGAUAGAAAUGACUUAACUGCACUGAUUGAAGCCCUAGAGUCGUCGCCAUUCAUCUACGACAAAUUGAUUAAUGCUAUCUGUAAGAAUUGGAAUGUAAGUCGUGGAAGUUGUGGUACCAAAAAUGAUUUGGACACUCGAUCUUGCUCUAUACAGUCAGCUUUUCCUGAAAACGGGCAAAUACCAGAUAUGCUUUUAGUACCUUCAGAAGCCAUUAUCAGGAAAGAUACAUGUUCUAAAAAAAGGUCAGAUGAAAAGUCUAUGGUGACUAUUUAUUCCAGUAAUGAAGAACUUCUAAAUGCUGAGCGUGUUACAGCAUUGCUGGAGACUGGCAACAAUGGAUCGAAGAUGGAAAAUCAUUUAGCAAGUUCUGAAGGAUCAGCUGAAGUCUCUCAGACUUCAAUGAAGACCGAUAACCCAAAGGAAAGUGUGCUAGAGUGUACAAAAAGAUGCUUUGAUACUUCAGAUUGUUGUGAUAUUCCAGAGAAACUUGAAAAAGAGAAGAAUAUUCGUUCUAAAAGUUCUAGCCAUAAACCGUAUUCCAUAAACUCUAAAGUAGAAGUGCAUUAUGGGACAAAUUAUAUGAACUGCUAUGAGUUUGCUCGUACAGCUUCAGCUUUUUACGAAGAAUAUUCUCGUAAAUCAUCAGAUAAGACCUCUGGUGAUGCCCCAAGAUCUAUUGAAGAAGUUUUAGCUGGACAACUGAAGAUUGUAUCAAAUAGAUCUGUUGAAUUUUCUUGGUCAAAUAUCCAAAAUUCAAACAUGACCUCAAGGAAAGAAAGGUGUGGAUGGUGCCUCUAUUGCAGGGUUACUGAAGAAGAAAGGGAGUGCUUAUUUUCUAUGAAUGAUAGUAUUCCAGCAGUAGAGAAAUUUUCGUCCGAAGCUUUAGGAAUCCAGUCACAAAAAAAUGUGAAGAACCAUCUGAUUGAUGUCAUGUGCCACAUUAUAUGCAUGGAAGAUCAUCUGCAGGGACUUCUGUUGGGCCCAUGGUUAAAUCCAGACUAUUCCAUGCUUUGGCAUGCCAGUGUUUGUGGAGCAACUGAUAUUGCUUUGUUGAAAAAGUUGCUGCUCAAGCUAGAGUCAAAUUUGCAUCAUCUAGCACUAUCUGCUGACUGGAGAAAGCAUGUCGAUUCUGUUGCUACGGUUGGCUCUGCUACUCAUAUUAUCAGCAGUUCUGCACGAGCAUCAUCAAAACACGGAAUUAGCAGGAAAAGAGCCAAGUCUUCUGAUGUGAGCGGACCAUCUUCAAAUGCUGCAACUGGUCUUAGUUUAUUCUGGUGGAGGGGUGGAAGGGGCUCACGCACACUCUUCAAUUGGAAGGUUUUGCCUCACUCUUUGGCUUCCAAAGCUGCCCGACAAGGUGGACGCAGGAAGAUACCUGGCAUACUGUAUCCUGACAGUGGAGAGUAUGCUAAGAGAACUAAAUACGAUUCCUGGAGAGCUGCUGUUGAGACCUCAAGAAGUGUGGAACAGCUUGCUCUGCAGGUUAGGGAGCUGGAUGCUAAUAUUCGAUGGGAUGAUAUUGGAAAUAACAAGCUUCUCUUGAAAAUAGAGAUGGACUCAAAAAAACCUGUCAGGUCAUUUAAGAAGGUUAUAGUUCGUAGGAAGUGUUCUGAGGGAGCUGCGGUCAGGUACCUUCUGGAUUUUGGCAAAAGAAGGUUCAUUCCUGAUGUUGUUGUCAAACAUGGAUCCAAGCCUGAAGAUUCCUCGAAUGAGAAGAAAAGAUAUUGGCUUGAAGAGUCUCAUGUUCCAUUGCACCUCGUGAAAGCUUUCGAGGAGAAAAGAAUUGCUCGCAAGUCCAAUACCAUGAAGUCUGGAAAAUUUAGUGAGAGCAGUGGAGUAAUGAAGAAGCCCUUAAAGGAAAAAGGAUUUUCUUAUCUUUUCUCAAGAGCAGAAAGAUUGGACUAUUAUCAGUGUGUGCAUUGUAAAAAAGAUGUGCUGAUCAGGGAAGCAGUGAGCUGCCAGCAUUGCAAAGGCUUUUUCCAUAAACGACAUGUUCGGAAAUCUGCUGGAUAUAUCACUACUCAGUGUAAAUAUACUUGCCAUAAAUGUCAGGAUCUGAAGUUUGUGAAAACUGAUGCAAGGAAGGGGAAAUCUGAGUCCACAAAACUUAAGAAUGCAUCAAAAAGUGUAAAACUGAUACGCUCAGGGAGAGGGAGAAAAAAGGGGAAAGCUAAGCUACUAGUGAAUUCUAAAAGCAAAAAAGGUGUUCCUUUUGUUGUUCCUUUGCGUCGUUCGGCUAGGAAUGCUGAACGUAUUGCAAAACUUCCAGUGCAGAACAGUAAGGUAAAAAAAAGAAAAAGGGGAAGAAAGCCUAAAUCGGACAAGUACAAGUCUAAGAAGCCCAAGAACAAUAGUUGCAAGAAACAGAGGACGCCUGUUACGAGCAGUUAUUGGUUGAACGGUCUACGACUCUCAAGAAAGCCUGGUGAUGAAAGGCAUCUCAGGAAUAGGAAGCUUCUUGUCCUUUCAGGUGAGGUAGAUUGCAUCCUCAAUAAGACUAAAUGCAGCCUGUGCCGCGAAGUGGAACAUAAUUCUAAACUGAAUUAUGUGGGUUGUGAAAUUUGUGGAGAUUGGUUUCAUGGAGAUGCUCUGGAUCUUGGAGCUGAUAAAAUUGAAAACGUUAUUGGCUUUAGAUGCCACAUGUGUCUCAAUAAGACGCCUCCUGUCUGCCCUCGUCAUAGUCCAGCUGAAAGCAGCAAGACAGAACUGUUUUCAGAAAAUAAUGCCAAAACUGAAUGCACCGGGGAAGGUCCUUAUUGUUUGGCCAACCCUGAGGAUGGAUUAGACUAUCAAAAGUCUCAUUUAGAUGAUAAAUCCAUUGAUACACUUUCAACUGUUAAUAUGGAGAAGCAGUUGCAAGGAUCCGUGCCUGAGUCACACCUGAAAGACUUAGAGAUGGCCGAGAAGAUUUUUUUAGGGAAUGAUCCUAUUGAACUUGGCGGAGCGAAAAAAAAUGUGUUGAAUACUCUUGAAACUGUAUCUAUCUUUCCUAACUCUGACAUGGUCAAGGAAGCUGAACGUCAAACUACAACGCGUGACCUUGUGGAGAAUGGUAUGACAAACAAUGAUCAUUCUGAUAUCUGCAGCAGAUAGAGCUCAUUCUGACAUAACUACAGUUGUCUUCAAAAACCAAUUUUUGGUGUCAGGUAUUCCCAUUAUUCUGAGAAAUAGUGAAAUAUUCUUAUCUGGAAGAUAUUGCAUUUUUGUGAUAGUGUUCUUGCUUAGCUUUCUGCAUAAUGCUCAUUCCUUUUAGUGAUCAAGUAAGCAAGAUGAUCUGUGAAAGUUGUCAGGCCAUUAUACAAAUAAACCAUUGGCUUGAUGCUACUCUGGAGUUGGAGAUUAUGUGACAACUUUGCCAAGUGUCCAAUAGCACCGUGGUUUGGUAAUUAAGCUUUAUUUAAUUGUUUAGUGGUGUUAGUUCAUGACACCCUUCGUCCUGCAUGUAACUGAAGCAAGGUGAAGACAUUGAUGAAAAUUGGAAUAUACAGAUAGAGGCUGGAGCAACAUAUGCAGUUUCUUAGAGCUGAACCAUUAUCUUGCCCUUUAUAGAGGUGAAUACGACACAGCUAUUCUUGCAAGGCAGAUCUGAGUAUGCAUCUUCUUAGAUCUGUUUCAAAGUAGAAGCAGUGCCUAGUAAGAAUUAAUGGGAUCACUCUACUUUGUGGCUGUUUUUAAGCACUUUAUAAAUGGAUUUACAGAUUAAACAGAGAGAAGUAUGUCGUGAUUCCUUCCAUGUUGCAGUUUCGAUAAUGAUUUUAUUGAUUGCGACCAUGUAAUGUAAGUUUGGGUGGUUUAGUAUUGGCAUGUACAUGCUGAACAAGUUGAUGAUAUCUGCUGCAGUUUGAGAAAUAGUAAGUUGCCCUUACACAAAUUCAUUGAUUUUGCGAUA